CCUUUUCGGCAUUCUGAAAUAAGUGAAUUAGAUCUAAGAAAAUAUUUUGUUUGUGGAUUUGCAUAGGAAUUCUAUUAAAAAUAUGUAUUGCUGCAUUAUCCAGUCAUAGAAUUUUCAAUACAAAUUGGUAUUUACGACUUCGAAACUAUGACUUACAAAUAAGAAUAAUUCGACCUAAAUAAUUUGACAUUAAGAAUUUCUGCAUCGAAUAAUUUAAGAGUUUACUUAAUUUGAAUAAAUAUUUUUGAUAAUGACUUUUCCUGUUAGCCACAAAACCAUAUUUGUUUUGGAUCAUGGUCCAAAUUUUCUUGGAUCAUGUUACCAAAAUAUGGAAUUUGAUAUAUUCACCAAAACAAGACAACCCGGUAUUAUACCUCUUGCUCCAUUAUCAAAAUCACUCUGGACAUGCUCGGUCGAAGCUGCUAUUGAAUAUUGUAGAAUUGUAUGGGAUAUAUUUCCAACUGAAAAGCUGAUUCGUUUUAUAGUUAGUGAUUCUGAAUCGCUAACUUUAAACACUUGGGCACAAGAUCAACAAAAUUUGAGUCAUUUAAUGGGUGCUUUAGCUCAAGUUGGACCACCUGAAAAUGCAGGAAAUAAAGAUUGUAAUGUGAUGCAUGGUUUAAAUGCUGCUAUAGAAGCUUUAUGUGAGUGCAGUGAAAUUCAGCAUGAAAAGCGAACAUCAAUGACUGAAAGUGCUGGAAAAGUUGUUAACAGAGGACGAGUUAUUUGCUUUACUAAUGUUAAGAGUGAUCUGGAAGUAAAUUCUCUUGUAGAAUGUUUUCAAAGUGCUUUAGUGGAACACAAUAAACUUGCAUCAAGUUCAGAUAGUUUAAUGGCUGUUCAACAUUGUGAAUUAAUUUUGAUGCAUGUCUAUCCUGUGAAUAAAGAAAGUUGUAUAGCUUCUCAAAACAAAAAGGUGAUAUCUCCUAUUCUGAGUAUAGAAAUUCAUAAUGUCAAAUCUGGUCGUAAUUUAGCAGCAAAGCUUGGAAUUUUAGUUCAACAGCACUACAACUUAGCAUCAACAACAGUUACCGGCAUACCAAUGAAGGAAGAACAAAACGCCAGCUCAUCUGCAAAUUAUGAUGUAGAACUACUGCAUCCUGUUGCUGCUCAUGCAGAAGUUUUUAAGACAGGUGUUGUUAAUGCUGAAGGAGUCCAUAUCACUACUGUAAAAGAAGGACAAUUAUAUGAAACCGUUACAUUAAAGUGGUGUACUCCUCGUUCUAGUUCUGUUGAACUACAGUAUUGCACUUCUUCUUUUCGCAUAACCCCUGUGGAUGUGAAUAACAGACCAUCAUCGUGUUUGACAAAUUUCCUUUUGAAUGGUCGAGCUGUGAUGUUGGAAAUGCCAAGAAAAUCUGGUUCCAAGGUACUAUCUCAUAUGUUGGCCAGUCAUGGGGGAGAAAUUUUUAUACAUACUUUAGGCACUGGAAGGUCUAUUUUAGAAGAUCCACCUUCUAUUAGUGAAGGUUGUGGAGGCAGAGUAACUGAUUACCGAAUUAAUGAUUUUGGUGAUUUCAUGAAACAGAACAGAUUAGUUCCACAUUAUCCCAAAAAAGAAAGAAUUGAAAUACCUAUAGAAGCAGCCAAGAAGAAAUUAACUAGAUUAACCCAAUACUGGCCUUUGGUUUUCAGUCAUACUACUAUCUUUAAUAAUGCAUCACAAAUAGGGCCAUUACUACAAUUGAUAACUAAAGAAACUUUAGAUACAAAUGAUGUUACAGAGUGCAAGAAAUCAAUUUAUAAUUUAGUGAGUUCUGAGAAUAAAGGUUUGCCUCUAAAUGUUCCAACAACAAGUACAAGAGGGAAAGGUCCAAAGAGAGAAGAGCAUUAUAGAUUAGCAUGGAAUGAAUUGGAAGCUUUUGUUCGCUGCCAUUGUACUACUGCUGAACAUCAGAGUGUCCUUGAAUGUUUACUUGAGUGUCGAAAACCUAAUACAGAUGGCGAAGGAAGUACUUCCAUUGCCAGUGUCAAAGUUCAACUUGGUGCUCAGAGUCCUUCUCAUUCUCCUAGUAAAAGAAAUGGGAAAGAUGAUAAGGAAUUUUCUAAAUCAUUUGAUUCUGAUGAUGGAAAAGAUUCUGAUAGGAAGAGAAGCUUUGAUGAUUCUGGUGACUCAUUUAAUAAAUUCCGUCCUGCCAAAAAGUUGAAACUGAGUGCAGAUGCUAUUAAAUCAUCUGGAAACAAAUCGCUUUUAUCUCUGUGGACUGACAGAAUAACUUCUGAACAUGAAAAACGAUUUGUAGAAUUUACUGGUAGAGUUAAUGGAAAUGGACCUGCAAAAUUAUAUCCAAAUUUGAAAUCUGAAGCGAAUGGUGAUGGUUGAUCUCAUCUUGAAAUAGAAUUUGUUGAGGAAAAUGAAAAUCUUUGACUGUUUUGGUUCCAGAAAUCAUCAUUAAAUUGUUACUCAUUUUUUAUUGAUGUGUCAUUUGUUAUUUAACUCACAUCACCUCAUUGUACAGAGUUUUAUGUAAUAAAAUGUAUUUUUGGAAAGAAAAAAAAAGAAUCGACAUCUUUUAGUUUUUCUAUAAUAUGCUCUUUUUAAAUUUGCUUAAUGUUGAAGCUACAAAUAAACUUCAGAUUAGAACUUU